ACCUAGGCAAGGCCGGACGCCCUUGGGGGCGCACUAGACCUGCAGUUUUAAUGCUUUUAAUGUGGGGCUAUAUACCCAGGUACCCUUUACGUGAUUUGGGAUUGGAAGGGUUUUGCGCCUACUACUUACCUAUGUAGCCUUCGGUUCUACAAAAAGGAUUAAAAAAUACAAAAAAAAAAAAGCAUCCCGCCGAGAAAUCAACUUUGUUCUACGAUUCGAUUUCCAUAGACCUGGAGGUACCUUUAGGUUAGGCAGCUAAUAUUAUAUCUUUAAUGGUCUCGCAAAUAGGAACAUACAACUCGCGUUAUUCCUCAUUCUUCAGCUGAGAUCGCACCUCGUCCCUCGUCCCUCGCCCCUCGUAUUAAGUCUCUUCCAAGCCCCUCCAUCAUGGCCACCGAACCGCCUACCAAGAAAAAAUGCUUAGGAGCAGGCUGUGAAAACGAUGCCUCGGCUUUACAAUGUCCUACGUGUCUAAAGAUAGGAAUAAAGGACAGCAACUUCUGUUCGCAAGAUUGCUUUAAGAAGAACUGGAAUAAUCACAAAAUACUGCACAAGAUCGCCCAGGGCAAGACUGCUAAUGCAACCGGCUUCUACAAUCCAUUCCCUAACUUCGCCUAUACCGGACCACUGCGUCCCGUCUAUCCCCUAUCGAAACCACGCGCUGUCCCUAAAUCGAUACCUCAUCCCGACUACGCCGAGACGGGCUACCCUAAGAGCGAGCGAUUUAUCAACAGGAAUAAGGUCGACAUACUCGAUGCUAAGGGACAAGAGGCUAUGCGCAAGGUGUGCAGGUUAGGACGAGAAGUUUUGGAUAUCGUCGCGGCCGAGGUCAGACCCGGUGUCACAACCGAUUACCUCGAUGAAAUUUGCCAUAAGGCUUCCGUGGAACGAGGGUGCUAUCCGUCGCCCCUCAACUACAACAAUUUCCCUAAAUCUAUAUGUACGUCAGUUAACGAAGUUAUCUGCCACGGUAUUCCAGACCAGCGGGUACUGUUAGAUGGAGAUAUUAUCAACCUCGAUGUUUCGCUAUACCACGGUGGCUAUCAUGCGGAUCUGAACGAGACGUACUACGUCGGAGACAAAGCCAAGGCUGACCCCGACUCGGUUCGGGUGGUCGAAACGGCUCGAGAGUGUCUGGACGAGGCAGCUAAGCUCAUAAAACCGGGGACACUGAUACGAGAGUUCGGUAACAUUAUCGAAAAGCACGCCAAGGAGAGGAACUGCAGCGUUAUCAGAACGUACUGUGGCCACGGAGUCAAUUCUCUGUUCCACUGCCCGCCGAACGUGCCUCAUUACGCCAAGAACAAGGCCGUAGGAGAAUGUAAGCCCGGUAUGACCUUUACCAUUGAGCCUAUGAUCGCUCUUGGGAAGUACCGAGACGUUACCUGGCCAGACAACUGGACAAGCACCACGAUUGACGGCAAGAGGACCGCUCAGUUUGAACAUACUUAUCUAGUUACGGAAACUGGAGUGGAAGUAUUAACAGCACGAACGGAAAACUCCCCCGGAGGACCUAUACCGAUGCCGAACGUUGAAAGCGUACCGGUAAAUGGUAGCGCAUGAUAUAUUCGCGGACGAUGAUAUGACAUGAUAUGACUUUGUCUAAAGUGCAAGCAAUGGAUGCAUUUUACUAGAAUAAGUUGUAGCAUGGCGUAUGAAAUAGGGAAGAUGAACCAAUCUUGACCCAAGAACCAUCCCUUAUAUGUGACUUGUCGACUUGUCUUGUUGGGCGAUGUAUUUAUUGAAACCUGCCCCCUUUUUACAUAGGCGUUAUGUUUAGGCACCUUAUAGGCUGGUACAUACCUUAGGUACCUAUGUACUUAACCUAAGGUUAAGCCUUUUUGCAUUUUAGCGUACAGGGCCACUGCUACAGAAACCUAAAUGUAGCAGUAGGUUUUACAUAGUGUAGAGGUAGUCUCUAUUUCGUACUAUUACUUGAUAUUCCUGCUGUCCCUAUUCGUUCGUUUUUUCCAGCCUUCCGAUGUGGGGUCUCCGUUUAGGUAGAGGGUUCUGGUAGUUCUGGUAGUACAGGGUACCUGCUAUAUGUGAUGUGUGCCUAAGAUGUUCAGGUACUAUUGUACUUGGGAUAC